CACUGUAGCAUCGGCGGCAGCGCUGGCAAGGGAGUUAGCUUCACGCAGCCGCAUUGCUUUAUAGCAUUUUCCGCGUUAUAUGUUUUUAUAUUUUAUUGUAAACCCAGGCGUAAUAGUUAGCUUUGUUAAAGAGAAGAAUAAGUCGCCGAGCUGAAGCGAUGACAGGCUCAAACGAGUACAAGCUGAACCAGGGACCAGAGGACAGCAUCUCUGCUGUCAAGUUCAGUUCCAGCACAGCCCAGUUCCUGCUGGUCUCCUCCUGGGACUGCACUGUCCGCCUCUAUGAUGUCGCAAGCAACACCAUGCGGAUGAAGUACCAGCACACAGCUCCAGUUCUUGACUGUGCCUUUUAUGACCCAACACAUUCUUGGAGUGGAGGGUUAGAUGCACAAUUAAAAACCCACGAUUUGAAUACAGACCAAGAUACAAUAGUCGGGACACACGAUGCCCCCAUUCGUUGUGUGGAAUACUGUCCAGAGGUUAAUGUCAUGGUAACGGGUAGCUGGGACAGAUCAGUGCGGCUGUGGGACCCAAGGACGCCCUGCAACGCUGGCACCUUCACUCAGCCUGAGAAGGUGUAUACGCUCUCUGUGGCUGGAGAUAGGCUGAUCGUUGGCACAGCUGGAAGACGAGUCCUGGUGUGGGAUUUGAGGAACAUGGGCUACGUACAGCAAAGAAGAGAGUCCAGUCUCAAGUAUCAGACUCGCUGCAUUAGAGCUUUCCCCAACAAACAGGGCUACGUCUUGAGUUCAAUCGAGGGACGUGUAGCUGUGGAGUACCUGGACCCGAGCCUAGAGUUUCAAAAGAAGAAGUACGCCUUCAAGUGCCACAGGCUGAAGGAGGAUGGAAUUGAGCAUGUCUACCCUGUCAAUGCCAUCUCAUUUCACAGCGUUCAUAACACCUUUGCCACAGGUGGCUCGGACGGCUUUGUGAACAUCUGGGACCCAUUCAACAAGAAGCGCCUGUGUCAGUUCCACAGGUACCCGACCAGCAUAGCCUCACUGGCCUUCAAUAACGACGGCACCUUGCUCGCAAUCGCCUCCUCCUACAUGCACGAGAUGGGAGACAUUAACCACCCAGAGGACGCCAUCUUCAUCCGCCAAGUCACAGAUGCCGAGACCAAGCCCAAGUCAACCUAAGUCUGCCGUGGAAUGGUUCCCUCUGCGUAUGAAGCUUUUAUCACAUUUGGGUUAUCUGCUGGCAUCCAGUGUACCAUACCAUAUUGUUUCCUGUCAUUUCUUUUUUCUAUUCCAAUACAACAGUUUUUAUUUCUUGUAAGUAGUAUUUGUGAAAACUUUUCUUCUCUUUUCUGGCUCUUGUUAAAUAUUUCAUUGUUUUGUGGAUGUUCUUACAACCAACUAUUGUUUUUCUUGACUAAAACUGAUUUAUAUACACCCUGA